AUGGCUGAUGAAAGUUUGAAAAAAGAUCCAACAUGGAAAUAUGGUCGAUUACAAAAUGACCAAGAUAUAAAUACAUUUGUCUGUGGAUUUUGUUCAAAAGUAAUAAAAGGAGGGGUGUAUCGAUUGAAACAACACCUCGUUGGUGGUUAUAGAAAUGCCACUGCUUGUAGAAAAUGUUCGGAUCAUGUGAAUGAAGAAAUUAAAGAUUACACGACCAAGAAAAAGGAGAUCAAAGAACAAAGAAAUUUGAUUGUGGACAUUGAUGUACAAGAUUACGGCACCGAGGAUGAAGAUGAAGGGAGUGUUGGCGUAAAUAACAUAGUAACAUCAAGUGGCUCGAGCUUGAAGAAGCCAAGACAAAAGGGUCCAAUGGAUGCAUUUUUUACUCCCAAUCCAGAAACUGUGGUUCAAAAUAAAAAGAACGACAAAGAAAAACAAACUUCGUUGAAUGCAGCGUACAAAAAGGAAACAAGAUUGAAACCACCAACAUAUUGUGAGUUGAGAGUCUCAUGUUUGAAGAAGGAAUUAGAAGCAACAAAUGAGUUAAUGAGGAGCCAUAAGGCAGAGUGGGCUAAGGUUGGAUGCACUGUUAUGGCUGAUGAGUGGACCAAUAGAAGAAAUAGGACAUUAAUUAACUUUUUAGUUAAUAGUCUUAAGGGCGCCAUGUUUAUUGAGUACAUCAAUGCUUCAUCUUAUGUGAAGGAUGGAAAGAAGAUGUUCGAGCUACUUGACAAUUUUGUAGAGCGCAUUGGAGAAGCAAAUGUUGUACAAGUAGUUACUGAUAGUGCCUCAGCAAAUGUAAUGGCAGAGAGAUUGUUAAAAGUAAAGCGACCACAAUUAAUAUGGUCUCCAUGUGCCGCUCAUUGUUUAGAUUUGAUGUUGGAGGAUAUAGACAAGAUCUCCAAUAUUCGCAAAGCAUUGAAAAGAGGCAUGGAGAUUACCAACUUCAUAUAUGUUCAUCCUGGAUUAUUAAACAUGAUGCGACGAUUUACUAACCAAAAGAAGUUAGUUAGACUAGCUAAGACUCGCUUUGCUACUGCUUGCAUUACAUUAUCGAUAUCUAACCCACUAGUUCGAGUUCUUAGAUUGGUUGAUGGCGAAAAGAAGCCACCUAUGAGAUAUAUUUAUGAGGUCAUGGAUAGAGCUAAAAAAGCUAUUGCUAAGUCGUUCAAUAAUAAUGAAGAAAAAUACAAGGACAUUUUCAUCAUAAUUGAUAGAAGAUAG